UCUCUAUGAGAUCCCAGUUCUCCGCGCGCAAUAGCACUUGAUCUCGGCGGGAGGAAACGGACGACAGGAAAAUGGCCAUCCACGCCGCAGGUCUAGUGGCUAUCGUGAUCUUUUACCUCCUGAUUCUGUUCGUGGGGAUCUGGGCCGCCUGGAAGAACAAGAACUCCGGUGUUGGCGUAGACCGGAGCGAGAGCAUCAUGGUCGGGGGGAGGGACAUCGGAUUGUUCGUUGGUGGAUUCACAAUGACGGCUACUUGGGUGGGUGGGGGCUACAUCAAUGGGACAGCAGAGUAUGUCUACCUGCCAAACUUUGGCCUGGCUUGGGCACAGGCACCCUUUGGUUAUGCUCUCAGCCUGGUAGUAGGUGGCCUGUUCUUUGCCAAGCCAAUGCGUUCACGUGGCUACGUCACCAUGCUGGAUCCCUUCCAGCAGCUGUAUGGGAAAAGGAUGGGCGGCUUGCUCUUCAUCCCCGCGCUCAUGGGGGAAAUCUUCUGGUCUGCCGCCAUUUUAUCUGCCCUUGGUGCCACUCUCAGUGUGAUUGUGGACAUAAACAUCAACAUGUCCGUGGUGAUCUCAGCCCUGAUAGCUAUCUUCUACACACUUGUUGGAGGACUCUAUUCUGUUGCAUACACAGAUGUGGUUCAGCUCUUCUGUAUCUUUUUGGGCUUGUGGAUCAGCGUGCCUUUUGCCAUGUCCAAUCCUGCUGUGUCGGAUAUCACUGUUUCGGCCAAGGAAGUAAUCUACCAGUCACCCUGGCUGGGGAAGAUUGACUCUGAAGACAAAUGGCUCUGGGCGGACAACUUCUGCUUGCUGAUGUUGGGGGGGAUUCCCUGGCAGGUCUAUUUUCAACGGGUUCUUUCUGCCUCUUCAGCUACCUAUGCCCAGGUCCUUUCCUUCCUCGCUGCCUUCGGCUGCUUGGUCAUGGCCGUCCCUUCUGUCCUCAUAGGAGCUAUAGGGGCCUCCACUG